AUGUCAAUCAACCAAGCACUCGGGCACCCGGAAGCCUAUGCUAAGAUCUGCGGAGACCCGAGUUUCAGGUCCUUCAGCCAUGGCCCUCCUUUUACUUUCACUCCGUAUUCUCUGCCACACCAAGAGGAUUCAAGAGCAAAGGAAUUAGUAGAGGUGUUCCCAAUCAUUGAUCCCAAAGCAAAACCCACAACAAAGCCCAAGAUUUUUCUCAGUCUUCUGUGGAAAAAGCUCAAUCAUCUUGGGAAUGCUGGUUUUGAUCCAGAAAUACUUCGAGUAGAUCCAUAUGGAAAUGUUCUGUUCUAUCAUGCAGAUUCAGCAUCACCACUUGCAUGGGAUAUAGACCAUUGGUUCCCUUGCUCAAGAGGGGGUUUGACUGUUCCAAGCAAUCUAAGAAUAUUGCAAUGGCAGGUGUGCAAGAAGAAGCGUAACAAACUAGAAUUUCUUAUACCAUGGUGGGAUUUCCAAGUGGGCAUCUCAAUUAAUCAGUUCAUGUCCAUCUUUGCUUCAUCAAAUUCAGAUUUCAGGCACAGGGCAUUUUCAUGGUUAUUUUCUGAAGGUGAAAGUGAAGAACUGAAUGCUUCACAAACAGUUGAUUCACAUGCUUUCCCUCAACAUUUCAUGGAGUCGAAAGAAAACCUAGGUUUGGCUCCGGCUGCUGUUGUACUAUCUCUCAGGGGAUCCUUCGAUGCUCCAUUGAAAUCAACUUAUCUAAAUAGAAGACCAAGAUCAAGUACCCCGAUCAUAGCUGCAAGGAAAUUGAAACCUCUUCUGAAAGAAAAUGAAGAUCCGAAUAUGCAGAAGACUGAUGAGGAGAAAGCCAGCAUCCAAGAACUAGAAUUAGUGCUUAUAAAGAAAAGAAGACGGGCUGAAAAGUGUCGACAGCUAGCAGAGGCACAAACUUCCAACAUAGGAUAUAACAACAAUAGUCCUAACAUUUAG